AUGGCCUCGGUGGAAAAGCGUCCUGAGACCGGGCCUCCCCGUCGCCGCAAGUUCAGCAAGCCUCCGGUCAAGGUUGCUUGUCUGUCGUGUCGCUCGCUCCGCACGCGUUGCGAUGGACAGCAGCAAUGCGCCAACUGUGUUGCCAGAGGGACUACAUGCUGCUAUGUGCCCAGCAGACGUGGAGGACCCCGCGUCCGCGGCGUGUCAAGCAAGCAGCAUGAAGCGAGAAACAAUGAGGAACGGAGCAGUCCCAGGGAGGAGAGUAGGGAUGCGACAUGUAUCAAUCCCGACUUAAAUUUCAAUGACGAUGCCUGGUUUGACCAGCUUAUCGGCCUGAGUGAACCCGGGGCUGGCCUCCGGAAUGUCGAGAUGCCUAUCGCUGAGAUCGAGUCGAUCUUCGACACGCUCUUUGCUCCCCAGAGGAAUGACCUGGCCAGUGGGAACAUUAAUGGCAAUGCUACUGCUCCCAUGACGCAUAUGGUGCAGAUUUAUGGCAGUGAUCAAGACAUACUGGAUGCCUACUACGUCUUUAUCCAUCCCUAUUACCCGGUCCUACCACCGCCCGAGCGGCUGCCUGUCUGCAAUCGUCCGCUGACGUCGGACCGGACGUCGUUUUUCCAGCCCUCGACUCCGUUGAGUUUGGCCAUCUCCGCGCUUCUGGUGCUCAUCCCACAUCCGCACGAACAGGGGGAUCCGUCACGACUCGAUUAUGUCCGACUGCGGAGGGACUAUGCUCAUUCGUUCGCGCAGUCCGCUCUCGAGGCCAUAGAGGUCGACUCGGAACUGCUCGAAUCCGCCAGCGACCCGUCUAAUGCGCUGUCGGAGGGAGCGCCCAUGCGGUUGAAUCGACAACCGUUCCACCCCCGCGUGCCCGUCAACUUGGAAAGUGUCCUAGCUCUCGUCCUGCUGAGCGUGUACGAGUAUGCUCAGCGUGGCAAUAUGGCCAAGAUGCGGAAUCGGGCGGGGCAGGCCUUGACUGCCGCGAUGAGCAUGUCGUUGCAUGAGGCCCUGGAGGAGGACGAAUUUGCUGAAGCCCGGCGAAGGGCCUGGUGGAUGACGUAUGCAACCGUGUGUCAAGGCUCGAUUGUUAGCAACACGCCGCCCGUCAUUGACGUCUAUGAUCCUCGCUUCAUCACGCCGUAUCCAACAUUUGCGUCGGACACGGAGGGAUGGAGGUUCUUUAUCGAAUCACAACGGACUAUCCUCGCGGCGACGACAUUUGUGCACGACCUGGACAAGGAAGUCAAAUCCGGUUCGGCCUCGGCCUGGAUCUCGCAGCGCAUGCAAGAGCUCGACAAUCGCAUCGAAUCGGUCCUUCUCAUGCGAAAAGGGCCGCGAUUCUUGUCGCAGCUGUCGACGGCGGAGCCGGUUGAUGCAUCUGAAGCAGUGGUAGCCAGAGCGAUGCGGUCGAUUGCGGAAAUCAAGCUACAUAGCCGUAUUUCCCUCUUCAUUCAGACUGACUGUUCCAGUGCGAGGAUCAAAACCCACCGUUUCUGUGCCUUUUCCGAUAUGCCCAUCUUCCGAAAACGACAUUGUGAUCUGGGUGUCGUUACUGAGCAAACGUCAUCUUCAUUGUCGUCAUCCUCCUGCACAUGCCAGAACCUCCUUGGAUCGCUCCCAUCUCCCCCUGACAGUCUCAGCGGCAGCAAUGCCGAACCAGGGCCAGGAGGCAGUACCAUCCGUCUCCCCUUUUCGUCUUACAUCUCCUCGAGGUUCUGUCUCCAUGCGGCCUUGAAUAUUGUCACCCUACUCGACAACCUUCCCUAUCCGAAUCCCGAUCCAGCCAACGUGAACAUGACCAUGAACCUGACCCACGGCCCGCCCCGUCUGUCGCCAAGAUCUCCUAUCGAAGUACCCCGGACCAUGCCGGCAUUCGCCUGUUGUGCCAUGCAAUCGAGCUACGCGAUGCUGAUGUUGUGCUUCAAGACCCGCGCGCUGCACCAAAACAGGAAGACGGCGAGCCAGAAUCAGGCCCGUAGUUCUGUUGACGGGAAUGACGCUGCUGGUGACGACGACGGUGAUCACUACGACGACGGUGGCGCUGAUGAAAACCCUCUAAUGACAGGGUUUUUGAGCGAUCUGCAUAAGGGCCUGCAGCUUGUGAUCAGAUCGUUGGCCAACUAUUCAAUUGCGUUUGAAGCGGUGCGGGGGAUGAAGGAUGAGAUCGCACAAGCUGUGGACCGGACCUUUGCUGGCUAUCAUUACGUCGGAUAG